GCUCAGCCGCGAUCCUAGAGGGAGGCCGGAGGCCAUGGAGGAGCAGCGCAACUUCUCGGACAUCGACGGCGGUCGCCUGGCUCUCCAGCGCCGCUACUACUCCCCCUCCUGCCGGGAGUUCUGCCUGGGGUGCCCGAGACUCUCGCUGCGCUCGCUCACCGCCGCCACGUGCACCGUGUGGCUGGUGGCCUACGGGCUCUUCUCUCUCUGCCAGAACAGUAUGGUCCUCUCUGCAGCUAUCUUCAUCACUCUCCUAGGCUUGCUUGGUUACCUCCACUUUGUGAAGAUUGAUCAAGAAACCUUACUUAUCAUUGGCUCUCUUGGCAUCCAGAUGACUUCGUCAUAUGCCUCAGGAAAAGAGAGCACAACCUUUAUUGAGAUGGGCAAGGUGAAGGAUGUUGUCAUCAAUGAGGCUAUUUACAUGCAAAAGGUGAUCUACUACCUGUGUAUUUUGUUGAAGGACCCAGUAGAACAACAGGGGGUGUCACAAGUAGUGCCUGUCUUCCAGAGUGCCAAGCCCCGACUAGAUUGCUUGAUUGAAGUAUACAGGAGCUGCCAAGAGAUCUUAGCACACCAGGCAGUCACAUCAAUAAGCUUGUGAGUCCCAUCCAACAGACUCUCAAGCUUCUUCCUGUCAAGAUAAUCGAAGAUAUUGGAGCCACAGUGAUUCAUUCAUUUUGGGCCAGUUCUAAACAGCAUGGCACCAUGGUGUGGUUGGAUAAAGUGCUGACCUUAUAGUGAAGAAAACUUGUGUUUGAAUUCUCCUUCUUGCACAUACUGGCCCUGUGAGCCCAGGGAAGUGCUGGACCUCUGAGGGCCUCAGGCAGGGCAGGCACUCACCUUGGGACUUCCCUUUACUAGUGGAAUCACAGACAUAGUCCAAAAUGAGAAGUUCUUGACCAUCAGUGAGACUCAGCCGUGAUUACCCACAUGGAAGUCAGGGAGUGCAGAGGACUGAAAUAAAUGACAGAGUCUGGAUUGCAUCCUGUCUUCACCACUGAUCCAUUGUGUUAUUUCUUUGUAUGUUAGUUUUCCUUCCUACACAGGAGGGAGAGUAUCUUAUUUUUGUACGGCCUUUAGCACCUCAAUAACUGUUUGUUGAAAGUAUUGAAUGAAUGUGAAAUGGGGAUAAUGCACUCUACCUCAUUGUUUGGGGAGAGCUAAAAUAUGAGUGAGAUGAUAAUGAGGUAAAGUCCUUUUGGAGGAAGGAGCCAGAUCAAAACAAUGUAUUAUAAAAGUGAUUGUUAAUAAAAUGGAACUGGGAAAAA